AUGUCUUCGUCAAAGUCUUCGCCACGCUGGGAGCAAACAGAACUCGAGACGCCGAUGAACGCUCCCUUCCAGACCCCACCGGCAUACUCCGAAGCGACAGAAAGGCAGCAGGGACCUCCAGCAUACGCCCAAUCCUCCAGCUCGGAUUCAUCAAAGUCAGCGAAGACGUCGAAUGGGUUCAAGUCCGCUCUGCGGUCCUUCGUCAAAGGUGAUGUGUUCCAAUACCACCCGGCCUUGGUUCAAGAGCGAUAUGCCGGGAUCGAGGCGAGAGUGAGGGCCGAAGCCGCCCAGCGGCGGAGGGAGUGA